AUGGAAUUGAGGAUUUCGCCACUUACUAGAAUUAUAUCCCUAUCAGGAUUUUUAGCUUCUGGUUUCCUGUUUGUUAUAUUAAGCUGUGCCUUAUAUCACAAUUACUACCCUCUAUUUGGCACACUUAUAUUUUUACUGGCACCGAUCCCAAACUCACUGUUUGGAAGGAAAGGCUAUGAUACCUCUGAUUUCAUGUCUGAUACUACCAACAAUGCCCGUGAUUUUGGCCAUUUCCUGACAAGUAUGAUGGUAACGAGUGGUAUUGUGUUGCCCUUUGUAUUCUACCACUGCCAGUUAAUUGGCUCUGUGAGCUGUAUUAUGAGUAUGGUCGGUGGUCUGAUAAUAUACUUGAGUAUCAUUAUCUUCUCCUGGUUUUUCAGCACUUCUUGGGACAGCGAGGACGAUAACCUGUUCGGCUAG